CAUAACAUCAGCCAUGCUCAUAUAUUAUUUUAUUAUUAUUAUUAUUAUUAUUUAUUUGUAACAUCCGCUUGCAGUUAAAUUCCCUCUCAAUCUGAUUCAGCAAUGUAGAGAACUAGCAUAAAUCCUCGUGAAGAUGGACACCUAGGGUGACCAUACGUCCUCUUUUUCGGACCUUAAAAAAGCUCCGGCCGGGAUUUCUAAAUUUGCGAAAAUUUCCGGGAUUCGGCUUUAGUUGCAUUAUGAUGUGCGUCUGGUCCAAUACUUCAUUGUGCGCGCGCAUAUUUGCUUUGCUUUAACCCUCUUUGUAAAUCCCGCAUUCUCGCACACCAAUUGGUCAAUUAUAAGAGACUUGCAGCAACUAUUGGCCAAAUUCCUGCCUGUCAAUCCGCGGAGGCGCGAAGCGCUGUUGUGUUCGGCAUCAAACAGCUUGACAGUAGCAGCAAAUGACAGCUGAGUGGAAACAAUGCCCAAAUGAAAGUGCAAAUUUACAGAAGAUUUGCACAAAAAAAUCCCAUGCUUUCGUCCAGGUCGAGAUCCGUGGGAUGCAGAAUGUAUGACAUGUAAAGCUGGCACUCAUGUGUCAGUUGCUAAUAAAGGUGCAAGUGAUUAAGAAGCACAUAUAUGCGAAGCAUAAAGGGUCAGCAAAAGGUGAAAGUUCAUUAAUGGACUACUUUUUGCGACCAGGUACAAAUUUUAUCACAUUGCUUCAUUUUCCAUGGCCAUUCAAAAUAAUAGUAAUAAUAAAUGAAGGUACACUCAUGGCAUCAAAUAUUUAUUUUAGUACAUGGACAUUCAAAAGAAUGUUGGAAAUGUUUAUUUAUUUAUAUAUAUUUAUGUUAUGCUAACAGAGUGUCUUUUUCACUGUAUUAAAGUUUGCAUUCAUAGUAACACUGUUUUGAACCCCGCCCCGCCCUGCUCUGUGGCUAUGUGUUCCUGCUCUAUCGAAAACGAAAGCUCCAUUACCCCACAAAAAUUAGGUGCAACAAGGGCUUCGACAGAUAUGACUACAGCACGACAAGAUAAAAGAUGAAAUGUAGGUUCAGGCUUCUCUAUCACAGAGGCUCUUACUGGAGAAAAAUAUCGAUGAAGGAUUUCACUAAAGUUCGUGUCGAUGCUUGAUGGACAUUUCGAGACUGAAAAGACUCACUGAAUAAGUCUCUAGAGUUUAUUCAGAAUGGUGGCAAAAAAAAAAAAAACAUCCAGUGAGCGGCAGUUCUGUGGAUGGAAAUGCCUUGUUGAUGAGAGAGGUCAACGGAGAAUGGCCAGACUGGUUCGACCUGACAGAAAGGCUACGGUAACUCAGAUGACCACUCUGUACAACUGUAGUGAGCAGAAUAGCAUCUCAGAAUCCACAACAUGUCGAACCUUGAGGCGGAUGGGCUACAACAGCAGAAGACCACAUUGGGCAUAGGACCAUAGUGUUCCUAAUAAAGUGCUCACAGGAGCAGAACGGAACCUUCAUAGAUGGCGAGCACUCUGCAGUCUGCACAGGAAUUCCUCGGAAAUGGCAGAACUUUGCUAACUGGAAGUCUCCUAAACUAUGAUUGUGUAAUUGAAGCCUUAAACCAGGGCAAAUUCUUCAUAGAUGAUGAGCUCGAUUCAGUUACAGCUACAGCAAAUAGUCGGGAUAGGCUAAGGAAUAUGCUUGACAUAGUAAUUUCUAAAGGAGAAGAAGCAUGCUAUAAGUUUUUAAAAAUUCUUGACAAGAAAAGAUUUGAAGUAUUUCCAAGACCUGGUGUAGAGUAUCCAGAUUUACAUCACUGGAUUAGCUGCUUCUCCUUCCAGGAUGAACUGCAAUCUCAGACUACAAACAAAGAAGACUCAGAUCCUUGUACCAGGUACCAAGGCCUUUUGAAAUGGAAAGCAAGACAAAUACUGGAUGAUAACUGGAACCAAAGAAUGAAUUUCCUAAAAAAUGAUCCAAAAAGAAAACCCUUCACAUAUAUACCUCUUGUUCUGGACACUGAUUCUAGUGCAGUUUCAAAACUUAAGAAAAACAAGGCAUAUAAGAAAUGUCGCUCGAAAAAACUGAAGACAUACAUUCCAACAGACAAGAAAAUGUUGUCUCCCAAACACUUACUAACGAAUGAUGAGAAAAGCAUACUGCUCGUGGGAAAACCUGGAGUGGGAAAGACAACUGUUUCAUUGGAGAUUCUUAGACUUUGGACAGAAGAUAAAAGCAUUCAAGUGAGUUACAUGUUUUAUUUUGAUGAGCCACUGAUGAGAGUCUUCUCUCAGUCUCCAUGUCCUCAGACUUUGAAGGAUCUUCUUUUUCACAAUUACAUAUCCCCAGAUGAAGUUCCAGACCAUGUCCUGGAAAAUAUUGAGAGCAAUUCAGAGAAUGUUGUCCUCAUUUUUGAUGGUGUCAUGGAUGUGAUUGGAAACUCAGUGAUUAAACAACUCUUGGAUAAAGAACUUUUAAAUGAAGCAAAGGUCUUGACCACUUGUAGACCAGAAGCUGAGGAUACAGGUUACCUGUCAGAGUGGUUGUCUUAUCGAGUGGAGGUUCAGGGAUUUAAUCAUGAGUCCAUUCGUGAAUACUUCAAAUGGAUGUUGGGAACAGAGGAUGAAAGUGGUGUAUGUGCUUUGGAUAACCCAGAGUUGUUCAGUUUGUGCUCUGUACCUUUGUAUGCCUUCAUAGUUACUGCCUGCAUUUCAAUAAGUCCUAUUGAAGCCAGAAACAAGCCAUUUACAAUCACUGAGAUGUAUGUUAGAAUUUUUCGCUUUUGCAUGAAACAACACGGCUUCCAAAAUGUGGAGCACCUGGAUAAGUACAUCACAGACAACAAGAGUGAGAUCAAGUACUUAGCUGUAGCCUCCUAUCAAGCAAUGCUAGCGAAGACUGUGAACCUGACAGAUUUAGAUCAGAAGGACAAGUCUGUGCAAAAUGCUUUCUUGACAACAACGCAAUCCAGGAACCCAUCCACACCCACUUCCAAAGUGUCUGCAUUCCUGCACAAUACAAUGCAAGAGUUUUGGGCAGCUCUCUUUUUAAUUUUAAAUCCAGACAACAUCACUCAUGUACUGGAUAAGUGCAACAGCGAUGAAGAUGGAAAAUACCUCAAAUAUAUCAUCCCGUUUUUGACUGGACUUCUCUCAGAUAAACUAGUCGAGCUCAUAAAGUGUUUGGUGCCAGUAGCAGAGAUACAAGCCAUACAUGUCAAAUACUUUGAACAGAUUAUAGACACCUUCCUUUACACUAAAGAACAGAAUGAAGAGGGAGAUUGUGAGGAGUAUGUGGAAGCUGACAAUAUCCUAUUUGUGUGUCGGUGCCUUUAUGAGUAUCAGUCCCCUGAAGCAUGCCUUCUCUUCCUGGCGAAGGUUCAGUAUUAUCUUGAUUUACAGGACCAAACACUUGAUCCUCACCAGUGCUGUGUAGUAUCGUAUGUGAUUAGUCAAUCUAGGAAUCGGAGUGUUAAACUGGACCUUACGGAAUGUACCAUUCAUGACCCUGGGUUGAAACUGAUUCUUGGCUCAUUGAAAAAUCUGAAAUUUCUCAGAUCAUCGACUAGGUUGCUGUCUCAGAUAUGGAGAGUGGCUCUCGAAGCAGGACAGUUUUCAGAUUUUGAUAGUCUGCUUAGAUUAUUGAGAUUUGAAAUCCAUCUCUCUGUGCAUGAAAAAACAGACCAGAAGAUGUUUCAAAGAAUAGGAGAAGUCCUCAAACAGAAGAGAUCAGAGAGUGUUCAUCUUUAUCUGUAUGUAGAUAAAGAAGUCAUAAACAGAUCUUUGCAACAGGACAUUUUUGAGAGCCUUCCUAAUAUUGCAACCAUUAGGAUUUUUCCUCAUCAGCUGAAAUUAGGUAUAGAAUCAGAGCUUUAUCUUCAAGGAGCUAUUUAUGAGAUGAAAACAGGUCACAGAUGUGUAAGGUAUCUACUGUCAGUGUUUAGCAAUAAUCAAAGAGAAAACACUGAGGAGCAGUGUGCAUUUUUACUAAAACUGCAUUCACAUGCUAAGAACAUGGACGUUUGUCCUGUUUUGCAACCUGUGUUCCAUGCAUUGCCACCCGCAUGGGUUGUACUACCUUCAGCAAUGUCACUCCUCCUACAGACCAUGGAAGUUCUAAAUUUAAAGAAGCCAGCUGAGCUAGGUGUCACAUAUGAUCAAAGUGAACUUAAACAAUUUCUUCUGUGUAUGCCUUAUAUUACUGAGAUAAGGUUUAGUGCUGCUGCCUGCGAGCCUGAAGACAUCCACAAGAUUGUAAAGAUUGUUGCUGAUCUUUUUAUUCUCGCUUCUGAAAGUAAAAAGGAGACACUAAGGAGCCUUUCAACAGCAUGCAGUCACUCAACCUUUCCCUUUGCUGAAGACAACAAAGAGAUGCAGAGCACUUUCUUUUUGGAUAUCUUUACCCAGCUAACACAGAGUUCAUCAGGGAAGACAUUACUACCUGCAUUGAAGCCCAUUCUCAUGGUUGCCCCUGCUGUAUGGGUAGUGGAUCUGCGAAAACUAGAGAAGACUCUUGCUCCUAUUGAAAUGCUGAAGCUUCAGCCAGCUGUCAAAAAAACAGUGGAGCUGAGUGGCUGGUCAUAUGACACAGACAAACUAAGGAAUUUCCUAAAUUAUCUACCCUAUAUUUCACACAUUUGCUGUGCUGAGCAGUUUUUCCAGACUAUAUGUGAAGUCCUCUCAGCAGACAGGGAAUGGAAUCCAAAGCAAGUCUCUGAGCUUUUACGGUCUCUUGGAUUGAGCAUUUCUUUGAUGGACAUGCUGCCAAGUCGAAUCUGCAAGGCUGUUGGCACUGUUUUUAAACAGUUGAACUUUGAAGAGGACAUUUCUCUUAGUCUUCUCCCUAAAAACAUCUCUUGUCUGGGUUCUGCUUUCCUCUUUUCAAAUGUGAAAAGACUUCAAACAUUGAGAGUAAAUGAAAUUGCAGCAUUAAAGCUGGGAAUUCUGGUCAGGUCAGAUAAAAAAAUAAAUUCCAUAAUUGUGGAAGAGCUAUCUUUGGUUUCGUCAAGCUCUCAUCUACCAGAGAGAGCACUUUGCAAGCUAUUAAGCUGCAUGACUUCACUUCUUAGAGCCUGGACAAUCCACAACUUGAAUCUCUCGGAAUUUAAAAUUGAGGCUCACUUACUCAUCUGCCUGCUGUGUCAUCAGGGCCCCUUGUCCAUUAAAUUUCAUGAAGACACUCUGCAACAACUAGCGGAAGUUGUAUAUGAUGCUCAAGAUGAAAAUCUGACACAGAUGUUCCUGGAGAAAAUUAAUGGAGAUUUGUCACCAUGUAGUCUGUCCUGGGAUGUUUUGUAUUAUCUAAUUCAAAGCACGAAAAAGGAAGUAAAACUAGACCUUCGAGAUGGCAUAUUUAAUAUUCUAAACAUUCCAAACCUUCUUGCUGUACUGGACCUUGUUCGCUUUAAAAGGAUAAGCCCACGAUUUGUCAGGGCUGCAUUGAAAGAGAUAUACCAGAAACGUGCAGGUCACCUGAUUGUAAAAUUUGUACGAUCUUCAGCUGACCUGAUUAACCUUUGCUUGAGAGAGUUGGACUCAACUGACUGCAAAGCCCUCUGCUUUGCCCUGCACUAUAGUGAUGGUGUUAAACUCAACCUGUUGAACGCUGUCAUACCAAAUAACGAGACUGAGAGCAUUGUCAAACUUCUGCAAAGAGUUUCUGAUCUUAGGAUUGAUAGAAAGCUGUUGUUGAACUUUCUCCAUGCCUCUAAGUACAUGGAAAAACAAGGUUAUUCAGCGUCUGCCCUAUUGACCGCACUGAACCACAAACUGGAUUUCUCUUGCCAUUCUUCCAUCGGCAGUGGUCGAUUUGGUCAUGACAGUGGGGAUCUUCUUACUCUCAGUUUUAUGGACUUUACAGCCAUUUCUUCUGCAAUUAAAACAUCAGCCUGUGACACAGAAAUAAUUUUAUAUGACUGCCAAGCAGAUGAUUCAGCACUUGAGAUUUUGUUCCCUAUUUUACACAAAGUGCAUCUUCAAUUGGGCAAACACCUUCUUUGUCAGAUUCUGACCUUGAUUUUAAAUGCUCCUAAUAUGGCUAUGUCUUUGAAGUGGGCAUUAUCACUUUCCAAAGCACUUGGACAAGAGCUGGACCUUAGUUACACCCCUGUUAACUACCGCAUUUGUGAGUCUCUGCAGUUGGUCUUGGACAACACAGAGGAGCUUACACAUCUUAAUCUGAGUCAUUGUCAGCUCACUGAUGCCUGCUUGGAUCUUUUGCUCCCUUACCUUUGCAAAAUAUUGAUUCUAGAUCUUACUGGCAAUGACAUAACUGACAAAGGAGCGCAGAGGCUGUGCAAAGCCUUAGAUGGAAACAGUUUAACAAAGACGAUAUGGCUUUGUGACAAUCAAAUAACAGAGAUUGGCCUGCUGGUGGAAGAAGCACGUAUUGAAACCCUACAUGCUAAUAAAAAAAGAUGUGCCCAACAGCAGAGUUUUAUCUCAAAAGAUUUGGGACCAAGCCAGAUGGAAAAAACAGUCAAGACUUUUAUUAAGAGAGAAGACCUUAUUAAGGACUUUGAGCCUGAACUAGCAGUAAAUCAUGGAAAGAUUUCUUAUAGGUUUCAGUGCAACACAGGAGGUCUUUUCAUGUGCAGGGAAACUGGGCUAGUGUUUGGAAUGAAAGGAAGUGGUUGUGUAGAGUACAGUGUGGUUCACUGGGAUAUGCGUCACCUAAUCAACACUCACUAUAAGCCUGCUGGGCCUCUGUUUGAUAUCAAAACCCCUACAGGAGAAAUCUAUGAACUUCACCUGCCACACUGUGAGACACACGUUGAUGAAAUUGGAAAUAUUUCUGUUGUACAUAUACACAAGGACAUUCUGGAAUUCCUCACUCCUGUUAAGAUGACAGAAUCACAUAUAGCUGUCAAUGUCUGUGGGUUAUCUCAAUAUGGUCUUGUGGAUGAGAGUGGUCAGAAUAGCAAAAUGCUUAAUGGGCAGGUGCUGCUGUUCCAGGAACCUGAUAUGUCUAAAACACAACAAAGAAUAUGGGUGUUCUUAUUGCCAAGCAAUGUCCCACUGUCAGAGCAGAUAAAAGAACACCAACGUGAGUAUGUGUUCAUCCAGACCAGUUCUGACUGCAAAUUAAUGAUAAAUUCAAAGUACACUCUGAUCUCAAAAAAAGCCAAUAAAGUCCAACCAAAGGAUAUCUGUUUUGAACCCUUGCAUGCUGGUAAUCACCAUCCGACAUUUGAGGUCUUCUUAGAUAAAUGUGUGACUGAAAUGCGAAUAAAAAUUCAGCGUAAAAGAAAAGAAAGCAAUAAUAUUACCUACAAAAAUGCAUGGACGCGUCGGAUAAUUCUGAAGACAACAGGAGGUAAUCACACACAAAUGAGAUCUGAGGAACAUUCUAACAUUUCAGGGAAAAGACAUUGCAGAAAAUUGAAAAACUGGAAAUCUGAUCUUAGUGCAAUCAUGGAGGAACUGUCCAGUGAACAGCUCAAGAAGCUGAAGUAUUUAAUGCAGAACUGUGAUAACAGAGAUUCCAUUCCUUUGGCUAAACUUGAAAAAGCAGAAAACAGGUAUGAGUUGGUGAAUUUGGUUGUUGAGACAUGGGGAUUUGAAGAAUCUGUGAAAGCCAUUAAAGAGUUCAUGAUUAAGCUCCCUCGUAGAGAUAAUGUUGUGACAGACCGACUGGAGCCAUAUCUGAAACAUUUUGACCUUUAGAGGCAUAUCACAGACCUUGCCAAACAUAUUUUAUUUUUUUGUGAUUAACAUUUUUAUCAAUUCAUAUAUUAAACAAAUAAAAGCAAAACAUAUACAAACAGAAUCAAUACUUAAAUCCGCCCCCCCCCCCCAAAUCCCCACCCACAAGAACAACCAAGUGGUCCCACAUGAUUAUAGACACACAAAAACAAAUAAUAAUAAUAAUAAUAAUAAUAAAAAAAAGAAUAAAUAAAAUAAUCACACACAUAACAACUACACCUCUCUCUCCACUGUCCCUCCCAGAGAGCCCUCCAAAAAUGCCAGAUGUUUGCCCCACUUUCCCACAAACAAGUCCAAAUUUCCCAAUCCUCUAGACACCCCUUCUUCAAAAGGUACCAACCUCCCCAUCUCCGCACACCAUUCCAGAAAUGAUGGCGCUCCGUCCGACUUCCAACCCCUUAAAAUAACUUGUCUGCCAAUCAUAACACUAGUCAGAACCCAAUUUUUUAUAUAUUUGUCCCCAAAAUGUAUGACCGCCCCAUCGCCCAAAAUACAAAGUCUGGGGCAAAGUAAAACUUGAGUGCCCAAAACGUCACACAAAUAACUCUGAACACUCAACCAAAAAUCUUGAAUCUUAACACACCCCUAAAAGACAUGAGUUGUGUCUCCAACUUCUGACUGGCAUCGCCAGCAGGUGGGUGUGCCUUUAAGACCAAGCCUAUACAAUCUAGAGGGGAUCCAAUAAAAUCUAUGUAAAACCUUAAAUUGCAUAAGGUGAACCCUUGCAUCUCGAUGCAGACCUGUCAUUUUUUUAGAAUCCUAGUCCACACUCCUUCCUCCAAUACCAAGUUCAAAUCUUUCUCCCAUAAUCUCUUGAUAGAAGUUAAAGCUCUGUCCCCCAAACUCUGAAUUAGCAGGGAGUAAUACACUGAUGCCUCAUGACCUUUUCCAAAAGCAGUAAUCACCUCUCCCAAAGUAUCUGCCGCUUUAGGGGGGUGUGUGCUACUCCCAAAAACAAUACAGAGCAGGUGGCGCAGCUGUAAAUACCUAUAAAACUGAGAUCUGGGAAUCCCAAAAUGAUGAACCAAAUUCUCAAAAGAUCUCAACACUCCACUCUCAUAUAGGUCACCAAGUGUAGCAACCCCCCUCACAAUCCACUCUGACCAACAGAAAGGGGACUAAUUAAUACGUAAUUUUGGGUUCAGCCAUAUGCUUGAGGCAACAUUUAAAUAAAUGUCAGAAUUAAACACUCUGGACACUUUUGUCCAAACCACGUGCAAAUGCGAGAUAACGGGAUGUGACUUAACUUCUCCGGUUAGUUCGAUAGAAAGGCUUUGCAUUGGCGAAAUAGGGGCAAGAACUUCUGUUCAAUAUGAAACCAGGGAGGGGCUCUCUCAGGUGGAAGCAACCAAUGAGCCAGAUGUCUGAGACCCACCUUUGUCAAUCGGCCUAUGUAACUUUUUGAAAUGUAAUCGGGGACGUUUACCAUUCCAAAUAAAGGACUUCGCUAUGCUAUCAAAUUGCUUGAAAUAAGAGAGGGGGACAUCUACAGGGAGAGAUUGUAGCAGGUAGUUUUCAUUUUAAUAACAUUAACCUUCCCAAUCAUAGAUAAAUGUUAUGAAGCCCACCUAUUCACAUCACUCAAAAACCUUUUUAUUAAAGGGUCGAAAUUAACUCUAACUAAAUCAUACAAAUUAGCUGGGAAUAAAAUAAUUAAAUAAAUACUUAAUGCCCUGUUUGGGCCACUGGAAGUUGCCCGGCUGUAAAUCCGUUACUGGCAGUACAAUGUCAGAGCCAAAGCUUCGGAUUUAGACCAAUUGAUUCUGUAACCUGAGAAUUUAGAGAAGGAACUAAUAAUCAUGUGGAGACAAGGCAUAGAUCUAAUGGGGUCAGAGACAAAUAAUAAAAUAUCAUAUGCUUAAAGAAAAAACUUAUGCGCCACACCUCCCGCCAUCACCCCUGGAAAAUCAUCCUCCUUUCUUAUCGUGGCUGCUAAUGGUUCCAGGGCAAGACAGAACAAUAAUGGGGAAAGAGGACAACCCUGCUGAGUAAAAUAAUCUGAAAUUAAUCCAUUUGUUUGUACCGCCGCUACCAGGUGUCUAUAAAUGUUUAUUUCUAUUUUAUUUAUAUAAAUUCCGCACCUGCAUUCCAAUCUGCAUCUUGAUGUAAUCCCUCCUCAUUAUCACGCAGCGUAUUUUUAUUAGCUGAAUGGGAGGCUAAACAAAAAGUUAAAAUGUGACGAGACUACAGUAUACCCAACAGACUCGUGCAGCGUGUGCAAGCCAUUUGCGCAUCUCGAGCAGGUAGUGCUUCACUUUCUGUUAAUUGCUUCGGUCGGUCUGCGCGGAUGACAGCCUACAUUCUGUGUUUCAUUUGUUUCUUAUUGCUUUCAGAACAACACGUAAUGCAAUAAGAAAAACACCACUAUUAAUCCUUGAGAUUUCCAACCCAGCAUACACCCUCCUUAAACCAUGGUCACACUCAAAAUGACAUUAAAUGAUUAAAAGAUAAAACAUAAACCCACAUGGUGGGGUUCAAAAAUCGGAGUCUAUUCAAAAUAUAAAUUAAACAUGGAAAUAAAGUUUUAGGAUUUUGCAGGUCUGAUUAACUGAAAAGGGCUAAAUAGUUGAUCGGCGUGUGAUGCGCGAAUGACUUGCAGGUGCAGCGUGAGUCUCGUCACACUUUAAUACUGUUUAGCCUCCCAUUCAUGUAAUGAAAACAUGCUGCGUGAUCAUGAGGAAGGAUUAGGCUACAUCAAGAUGUAGAUUGGAAUGCAGGUGCGAAAAAUGUCAUAAAUAAAAUAGCCUGCUUCUCUCUCACUGUUGCUUGCAUGCUAGUGAUUAAAUGAUUGUAGUGACAUAAUAUAAGAAAUAUUUAAGAUUCCACACAAUUUCGUGAUCAGUCAUCAAAUAAGCAAAUUUGUGACAUUAACUUUGUUAAUUCAUAACACAAAAGGACAGGUCUUUCAUUAAAGUACUUUAUAUGCUCUGUAAAAAUUCAUAUUUUUUUCAUAUUAUAUCAUAAUCAUCGGGUUUUGCACCAAAUUUUCCCUCAAACUGUUUAAUAUCAUUUGUAAUUAAAAAUAAACGAUUAAAUUAGAAAAUGCAAAAUAGAAAAAUUUUCACAAGGGGAAAAUCGCAUACAUUUGCAUGUGUGUUUUUUUUUUUUUUAGGGGGGGUUGUCGGCACAGCCAUUGACCAGGAAAAUAAAAAAUGGCAAUCCAUGUCAAAAAUGUUGCCGACCCCUGCACUAUAUUAUAUUUCUUACGUUUAAGAAAAUAAAUAACCUUCCUUCUUUUUAUGGGGUGCCCCAACCCAUUCACAUUCCACGUGGAGAGAGGCAAUCCACUCAUAUUAACAUUUGACAUUAGAAAAAAUAGAUUGUGUGUCAAAAAUAAAAUUAUAAAGACCACAUUCCCCAUUAGUGCAACAAUGAAACCCCGAACCAAACAAACAGAAAAACGUGCACAUUAACCCUGCGAACGACAGCGCCAACCUCCAUGCACGCCUACGAAAGCCCCCGCGACAACUUUACAAUUGGAUUGCUCAAGUCCGGUGUUUCUAUAAACAUUUUGUUAGACAGAAUUACACAACAAAAGAUAAUCUAUAAAACAAACUCCAGCCAAUAGGCAGAAUAAACACAAAGAAUGUGUAGAUUCAUUCACAAAAGUCUUGAAGGUGUGUUCCUCCACAAAACAAAUUCCAGCCGUUAGCGGAACCAGCACAAAAAAAAAAAAAAAAGCCGUUCAGUUUCCUCAGACAUUCAAACAAAUGUUCAGUGAGCCGGCUGUUUCACGGGUGCAGGAGAUGACCUAAUCAUGUCCUGCAAAAAAUACUCCACGAAACAAACUCCAUCCAAUAGGAGGCAUAAGCACAAAGAACGAGCAGAUUCAUCCACAACUGUCCCGAAGGAGUGUUAUUCCACAAAACAAACUCCAGUCGCUAGGCGGAACUAGCACAAAAAGAAACAAAAUAAGGCUUGUUGUGGGCAUGUAAAUAUUUUGCGGCCAUCCUUAGUAUCUAUUCUCAAUUUGGCCGGAAAAGAAGAAACAUCAGAGCAAAAGCGAUCUUCUGUUGAUGUAAGAGUUUCUUGCAUUCCUUGAAACGAUCACGUUUUUCUCUUGUCGAAUUCGCAAAAUCUGGGAACAAGAAAAUGCUGUGAUUCUUCCAAGAAAGCUUUCCUUUGCACCUCGCCUUGCACAACACGAGAUCUUUAUCGGAUGAUCUCAGAAAUUUGGCCAGAAUAGAUCGGGGCCUGUCUCCCUCAGCCGAUCUGCGAGCCGGGACUCCGUAAGCUUGCUCGAUUUCCAGCUUGUGGCCUGUUAUGUCGAGCAGACUCGGGAAGAGCUCGUCUAGGAAUUUCACCAUAUCUCUGCCUUCUUCAUGCUCAGGAACUCCAACAAUUCGGACAUUAUUUUGCCAGCUACGAUUCUCCAAAUCCUCCAGUUUUUCCCAAACGUGUUGUAAAUCUGCCUUGGUCGCUAGGGGAUUAGCAGCCAAUUCCCUCUCCGAUGACUCCAGAUAAUCAAUACUCCUCUCGACAUCCCCAAUUCUUAUAACCAACACAGAGAAUUUAGUUUCCUUCGCCAUAAUCAAUCGAAGUAUUACAGCAAGAUCCUCUAAGUCAGCAACAACUUUUGUCAGCAUCACAGACAUGCUCACCAGUUGCCACUGGAUUUCUUCCGCCGCACUGUCCAAACCGAGUCCCUGGUCUGCGGGCCUAUCUGAGGUAUCAGCUUGAGCACCUAAGUGUCUUUUAAUAUCUCCAGAGCCCGAGGAAUUUGAAUUCUUUGCCACGUUGACUUCAAAGAACAGAUAUGUAGCAGGGUGUAUCGAAUCUCAAUGGUUUAUGACAUAAAAUAAUUAAAAACUAGCAAAGUGCGCAGAGCUCGUCGUUUACAUGUCUGACCCUCGCAUGGCAUCACGUGACUAACGAUUCUGGUUCCUUAACUGUCUGCAAUCAUAUUUGAGUUCAAAAGACCUCUGGGGUAACUGUUGUCUGUUUGUAGGCAACCUCAAUUGUAAUUUUUAAAUAUACCUGUAUACAGUAUAUGGCUUUGAUUAAUGUUUUUCAUUUAUUGCACUAGAUGUUCAGGUUUAUUCAGGCAAUUAUGCCUGUAUGAAUUGUGUUUCUGUGUAUACUAUACGAGUAUUAUACGUGCAAAGAUUUCACAAACUUAGUUUAAAAAUUUAGAUUUUACAUUUGAAUUAUGAAACAAUUAUAGAUUGAAAAUGUUUUUAUAUGUUUGUUUAUAAUUCCCCCGUUACCCCCUCUUGUGUUUCUAUCGUUGUGUUAUUUAUAUGGAACUGAGCUUACAUUAUUGUUUCUUAAUUGACUCUGUAAUUUAUCUAUUUUAUUUGUUUGUUUUGAGAAUUAUGUACAGAAUGUGUAUUGAAGAGUUUUGAUAGUUGUGGACAAGUGCUAUGGGUCCUGUUUGAAGCAUGAUGCAGAACUGAUAUUGAUACUCUCUGUAAACAACAGUUGUAUUUAAUCCUUAUUAAAAUAAGGAAUAAUAUGCAUUUAAAGGUUCAUGAUUUUUAAUUAAGUUAACUUAUUUUUUACUAAAACAGCCUAUAUCGAUCAGCUGAUGGACAGACAUUCACAAUCUUAUUCUUAUUGUCAUAUUUUUUUUACCUUCAAAAGGAUGUUUAUUUUAUAACUAUUGUUGCAAUUACCCCCAACUUCUCAGCCAUGAUUCUUGUAUAUCGUGCAUGUAUUCUAUAUUGUGUGUAUUGUAUACUGUACAUUGUAUAUUAUUAUUUGUAUAUUGUGUUGUGUGUAAUUGUGUAUAUUAGUUUUGUAAAUUGUGUUGUGUAAAUCUGAUGUUUAUUGUAAAUUGGUAUAUGUCUCAUCACUGUCAUGACUGCUAUGUUUCUCGGAACUGCACCCAAGACUUUCACCCACUGUUGUACUUGUGUAUAUGGUUGAGUGACAAUAAAGUGAUUUGAUUUGAUUAUA